AUAUACCUAUGGAACAAAAAAGAAGCAAGUGAAGCAGUCAGCUGUGACCAAUCAGGUGCUUUGUUGCAUUCAAAAAAUUGCAAUAUAAACAAAUGCCGGCGGAUCGGUGUUUUGUGACUCGGGGCAAGCGCGUAUUGUAAUAAGUAGAGGCAUAGAGCAACUCGUCACGGCCUACAGAAGAUCCUGCAGUCGGUUUUUCUGAGACGGCCAUCAGUUCUCGAAAAAGCCAAGCGGGUAGGCUGCAGCGUAGCAGCCGCAGCAACAGUUCGACAGGGCGUUUUUUUCCUUUUUCAGGGACGGUUCGCCCUUCUUUUUUCCUCUACCUCCUCUCGAGUCCCGAGUCUUGCGUAGCCGCUCUUCCUUUUUGUUUCGCGGAAUAUACUUUAAAUGAUAAACCGAUUCGGCGUCGUCCGUCGCAGAAGAUGGCGGCGUCGGACGAGCUGCGGAUCGACCGGGACGACGAGCCGGCGGCAGGUGCCCGUCCUCGAGACGAUCUUUACGCCGAAAAGAGGCCCGUGGAUCUGCUGUUCUACGCACUCACCAUCGCAAUAUUCGCCGCCACCCUCGUCACAGAUUUCUUUGUCGUGGUUGAGCACUGGCUGAACACUUACAAGUCAUGGGCUUAUUUAACAGCGGCUUUGGCUUUUGUGCCAUCCUGCUUUUUGCAGAUCCUGAGUUUAAAGUGGUACCGGAUUAGUGGUGAUUUGACAAGGCACCAAUGGAUCUCACAUAUUUUUCACUUUGCAAUAAUGCAUAGGUUUUGCCUUUUAUUAAAUUCUGCGAUAAAAACCAUGAAAAUUCAACUAAGCCCUCAACAUAGAGAUUGGAUCUUGCAAGUGGAAAAUGAUGCUUUUACUCUGAACAUGUUUACCUCAUUAUUGGUAUCUGUUCCUCAAAUUAUUCUUCAAAUUUAUACCAUGGCUGUGUUGCAACAUGUAUCUUUUUGGACAAGUGCAUCUGUCAUAGCGUCUAUUUGUUCACUGACAUGGGGUUUAACUGCAUAUGCUUUGCUGAUAAACAGAACUAAUCAGGAUAACUCUCACUAUACUUGGUCAUCUAUGAUGAUACAGGGCUUUUGGAGAGGAGGCAUGCUUGCCUCCAGGAUUGCUGCCUUAGUUCUUGCUGCCAUGUGCUUUAAAGCUUGGAUGCUUGUCAUUUUUGGGAUUCAUGCAUUAGGAAUGACAGUAUGGAUAAUACAGCAAACAACAAACUUUUGUUUAACAGCAGUUGAGGAACUCGUGUACAAAUGCCUCAUUGGUGCAGUCUACUUUUUCGACUUUCUUCGACUGAGUGACAAGCAAGUGCGCUACCACAUCUGCAUUUUCUACUCGAUAAUAAUCGUCCAGAAUGUAAUAUUCUACACAAUUUACCUCGUAUUUUUCAAAGAUCUCUUCCAGAGAAACGUCCUUAUAGUUUCUACGAUCUUGAUACUCGGUGGCUCGUUAGUUGGCGCUAUUAGCAUGCUUAUUCACUUCUGCAUGUUCCAGAAUGUUAAAACUAUCAAGCUUUGUGCGCAUGCCAAAUUUGAUCCAGAAUUAUCUAUAGAAGCUACUUCAACCAAGAAUAUUACUAGUAAUAAAUCUCCGAUAAAAAAGUGGAAUAACCAAGCUGCUAAUAAUGAAUCUAUAGAGACCAUAAGCCAGGACGUAACAGCGGACAAAAAAUCACUAUUAACGAAUAUUGUCCAAAACGGCGAGUCUCUGGAAAAGGGAAUCGUUAAUACUAGUUUUAUGAAGAACGACGAAACUAAUGUAACUGUACAAGUAUUUGUGGAGGAUAGCAAGCUUACUAAUGUCGAUGUUUCAAUAGAGAAAAUUGAAGGGCAGUCUAUUUUUAAUUUAGAAAAAAAAGUUGAGGAAUCCUGUAAUGUUGAUGUUGAGAUCGACACCUCGGGUCAAAUGGCUACUUCUAGUACAGAUAAUUUGCAUCGGCAGAAGCGCCGUGGAAUCUGCUCGGAAGUCGAGCUUGAUUUAAAAACAAACGAUGACUGUAAUAUUGAUGUGGAUCCUCAACUAUCUCAAAAACGACGAGGAAUCUGUUCUUUAACGCAACUUGGACUUGAGCUCGUUACUGAUGAAGACAACUACGUAGAAAAGAGUUUUACUUCUGUCGACAAAUUAAAAUCCAUAUCGGAAGUUUCUCUAAACAUUGAUCAGGAUAAAAGUAUCGAUAGCGGAAUCCUCGAUUCUCUACCGAUUAAGAAUCUUGUGACGGGCAACAUUUGCGAAGUCGUUAUCCCUGAGAAUAUACUCAUACGCGGCAGACUCAAUACUCCCGUUAUAUCAGAGAGCGAUGAAACGAAUUUAAACAAUCAGCUUUCAGAAAAAGAUGAAUUGUUACGAAAGCAAGAAGAAGAAACUAUGAGUCACGUAACUUCCAUCCACGACUAUGAAAACUUGUGCCCACUGGGAGUGGCUCGACCGCCUUGGUGCAUCCGUAGCUGGAAGGGUUACACAGAUAUUGAGACAUAUAUACACGACGACAGCAUUGUCAGAGAUAGACGCAGGGAUACCUUGACGAGUACCGCAACAGGGACGACCCUUAGUUCGGACUUCUCCGAUGCAACUUACGUCAGUCAACCUGUGAGAAAGCUCAUGAAACGCUCCAGACAAGACGAUUACCUGGAUACUCUUAUUUAUGAUCUGGUGGACUGGGAAUCGAUUAGUAAUAAAGCGCCAAAUGAGGAAAUUUCUACGACUACUACGACGAUUUCCGAGUCAAUUAACGACACAACGCAGGACGAAUCCAGUCUUUUUUCGGCAAAACCUAUUGUUAUAGACGAGAAAGGCGGGAUGUUAGCGCUGGACACAAUAGUCGAGGAGCGUGAAGAUCCGAAUACAGGUAGCUUCCCAGAAGUUCAGAUGAAUAUCAAGAAACCCUCUUGUUCGGUAAGUUCGCUCGUCGCGACCAUUGACGAAAUCCGUAAAUGUACGGCGGAAAAUUCGCCGCGGCAUGUCUACCAUCGUACCGAGUCACAGUGGGAGGACCUAGAACAGAAGAUACUCGUGAAACGGGCCCAUCUUACGAAGGUCCUAUUUCGUAGCGACUACAGUAAUGUUACUCUGUUACAUCACAACUCGAGUUAUACUGAGCCUCAUACCAGUACUUCUAUUUCGGAAAAAAGUAAUGAUAAACUAAGUAUCUUGAGAGAGGUGACAAAUUAUUGUCUGAAGGAUUCUGUUGGAACGACGCCACUGAUCAAUGCUAUACUUUCGGAUUCGCCUAUAUUGGGACCCAAAACUGAAGCGCAAACUUGCCAGAAUGGAGGUUUAUUGGAAGAGGAUAACGUUUAUGUCGAUAUGAAUGCUCUUGGUGCUCAGAGAUGCAGUAAUGAAGAUGAUAAAGAAUCAAAAAUCAUUAGGUCGGUCGCAACCGAAGCGUCUUCAACAAUACCUCUGACUUCAGCACUUGCAAAGAGCAAAGAUAUCAUCAUUUCGGAAAUUGACGAAAAAUCUGAAAAUGCAAAUCGUAAAAACGUAGCUUUCUUACUCACAAAUGAGGUAAUCCACAACGAUUCCAUAGAUACUCAUUUAGAAAAGUCCGAUUCUUCCUCGGCUAAGAGUAGUAUUCCAGCAGAACAUUCAAAUUCAGCUUCGACUUGUUGCACUGACAAACGACUACGCACAAUCAACCGACCGAGGCGAAAAUUCUCCUUGUUACGCGAACGUUUUGAGCCAAAAUCUAGCAGUGAUCAGAUUGUCUGCGUGGUCUCGCCAACCUCAUCGAAUGAGAAAAUAUUUUCGAGCAGGCCGCAACUUGGCUCCUUAAACAAACGAAUUUCUGAAAUCUUCAAUGAUCCUGCCGUUUUCGAUUCGUCCAUUAAAUAUGAUAAAAAAAAUCUUACAGGUAAAUCAGCAUCGGUACUGGAUUCUACGGAUGAACAAACAGAUAGCUUAAGAGAAAGAAGAAACGUUUUUUUGAAGCAAGUACUAUCGCCACCUAGAUUUCCAGGUUGGGGGAGAAAGAGGACUUUCAGUCCUAAUGCUAAAAUCAUACCUAAGGCUCAUUAAAUCUGCGCUGGUAACCACUUGCAUCUCAGAGCUUGCUACUGAGACUAUAUUUUUUGAGGGUAUAUAUGUUGAUGAAAUGUUUUUUUAUGUUGAAUAUUGAUAUUAAACUAGUUUGACUAUUCAUUCUUUUUACAUAAACAAUUAUUUGAUUAUUUUAAACGUUAUGAUAUUUAUCAAAGAUCACAAUAGAUUUUUACAUCUGCACAAUUUAUCCAAGAUUAUAAAAAAUAUUUUUAAAAUUAAUGAAAGUGAGCUUGGGAUCUAAUACUGAUAUAAAUUUUUUAAUUUGUAGCACAAUAUCAUCUUCAUUUGAGCGUGUUUCACAAUGCAAAUUAAUAGAUCCAUUACUUCACUAUACCAUUAAAAGUUUUUAAGAAAUUUCUGAAAUCAAAAAUUUUAAAUUCUCUUAGUGAGUGCAUGACUCAAAAUGCAUUACUUUGUAUUAGCCCUAUGUAUGAAUGAAAAAAUACCUGUACAUACACUUGUCAAAAAAGUACGGUGUGUAAUUUAAAUUUACUAUUCUAAAAAAAACAUAACGAUUUUCAGAAAAUUGCAUACCUUUUUUCAGUUCAUCUAAUUUAUGCAAUAGACUACAUAAUAGCACAAAAAAUGUCUACACUUAUCACGUUUAACAAGACACACACACACACACACAUAUAUAUAUAUAUAUAUAUAUAUAUAUAUAUAUAUAUAUAUAAAAGUGAUUUUAAGCUAUGAACUGCAGGCAAUAUAAAUUAUGAAGGAGAAAUCUUUUUUAAUCUACGGUGUAUGCUUAUAUCAUUCAUUUGUGCUGCAAACUCGCACGCAAGUGAAGAAAGUUUAUUUCUUCUUCUUGGUACACAAUAUAUUAUUGCUUUCAAUGUUCUAAAAGUUCCUGAUAGUUAUUAAUCUUUGAUUUAGUUCGCAAGUAUUCUUUUGUACAAGACAUUUUUAUCUCGGUGCAUUGAAGAUCGCGUUUUUUUACGUGAUUCAAAUUGUUUUUUUUUAGCUAACGUUUUAAAAACCAUGAAAACCAUUGAUGUUUAAGCACUUAUUGAAUCGACUUUUGUUUAACAAAUAUUUUCGACAUUUUCAUACAUAUUGUAAAUUACAGAAAAUAAAAAAUUGUAUUAUAUUUGUAUUACAAUUUUCGCAAUGAAAGAUAUCCACUAGGAAUCACAAGGGCUUCCAUAUAUUUUGGUUGUGAUAACCCUAUGCCUUUUAUGUGUAUAAAGUUUAUCAUUAAGUAACUAAAAUAGUGAUAUAUUUUUUCGUCAUUUUGUGACCCGGUAGCAUUUAUAUAAAAGAUUUUAUUACUAUUACUUACUAAUAAAUCGUAAGAAAGGUAGUAUUAGGACUGUAUGAAUCGUUAAUUUAUCACGAUAAAUCUAUAUGAAUUUACAUUAAAUCUGAAAUGUAUAGUUUUUUUACAAACAUAUUGUAAGUUAAAUGUUAAAUUGACUCUCAUACUCAAAAUUAUGUUUUUACGUUUAUUGAAAAAAAGUUCAAAAGGAGAAAAUUGUUAGGUCAAGAAAUAUUGUAUAUUUUCUUGCUGUACUGAUCUCAUGGCCAGCUGAUGAAAUGUUUGAAUAUUACUUUUUUAUGCUUUGUAAAUAGAAUACCAUUGUAUAUUAAGUUUGAAUAAUUGUUCAUUUAUACCCAUAAAAUGCGCAAUUUGGAGAAUAACUAUGUACACCUGCAUAAAUACAGUUCACACUUCAUUUGAACAAUUAACAAACACUAUUUUGUAAAUUUUAAAUCCUGAUAAGUAUGCUACAGAA